AUGGAGUCCGUGCACCUUUUGAAUACCUGUGCCCCCUUUCAAAGGUCUCAGCAUCCUCACGCUACCUCCUGCCGCCACUUCCACCUGGGUCCCCCGCAGCCGCAGCAGCUAGCCCCGGACUUCCCGCUGGCCCACCCCGUGCAGUCGCAGCCGGGCCUCAGCGCCCACAUGGCCCCGGCCCACCAGCACAGCGGCGCGCUGCACCAGUCGCUGACCCCGCUGCCCACCCUGCAGUUCCAGGACGUCACAGGUCCCUCCUUCCUACCUCAGGCCCUGCACCAGCAAUACCUGCUGCAGCAGCAGCUCCUGGAAGCUCAGCACCGCAGGCUCGUUUCGCAUCCCAGGCGGAGUCAGGAUCGAGUGUCUGUUCACCCCCACCGCCUCCACCCCAGCUUUGACUUUGGCCACCAACUGCAGACACCUCAGCCCCGGUAUCUGGCUGAGGGCACUGACUGGGAUCUCAGUGUGGACGCCGGCUUGAGUCCUGCCCAGUUCCAGGUGCGGCCCAUCCCUCAGCACUAUCAGCAUUACCUAGCAACUCCUCGAAUGCACCACUUCCCCAGAAACUCUUCCUCCACACAGAUGGUUGUCCAUGAAAUUCGAAACUACCCUUACCCGCAGCUUCACUUCCUCGCUCUCCAGGGACUAAAUCCUAGUCGACACACCUCUGCUGUUCGGGAGAGCUACGAGGAGCUGCUGCAGCUCGAGGACAGGUUGGGAAACGUGACUCGAGGAGCCGUACAGAACACCAUCGAGAGGUUCACCUUCCCCCACAAGUACAAGAAGCGAAGACCCCAGGACAGCAAGGGGAAGAAAGACGAGGGGGAGGAGUCAGACACUGACGAGAAAUGCACCAUUUGUCUGUCUAUGUUGGAGGAUGGAGAAGAUGUGAGACGCCUACCUUGUAUGCAUCUCUUCCACCAACUGUGCGUGGACCAGUGGCUGGCCAUGAGCAAGAAAUGCCCCAUCUGCCGAGUGGACAUUGAGACACAGCUGGGAGCCGACAGCUGAGGGAGGAAGCUAGCCAGUGAAUGCCCCAUUUCCUUCACCAGGUCCCCCCCGCCCCCCACGGCCAUAGCCCUUGCAGCCAAACUUUGCCUUCUGAGCCAUUUGACGUAGAGAAGAAGCCUGCAAGCACAUUUUGUGGAAAGAGGAGUUGGUACCAGUGUCUGAGGGAGGGGAGGGGAGGGGUGGGGGAGGGGUGGGGGCUGCCCACCCACCCAGAAUGGUGACUGCCUCAUCGCCUUGCUGUGCAGGGGGAGGGGGGAGCUGGCCGUGCCCAGAGCAGGGGCGGGAAGGGGGGGCCCAGCUGCUGAGAACUAGAUGUGAUCUUGAGGGUACUAGCUGGUGAUCGGCCCCUCAAUCCUGUCCUUUGAAGGAUUGUGUAUAUACCUCUUGACCACGUAGAAACCAUGUAGGGGUCUCUAGCUAUUCUGUGGAUGGCAGCCGGAGCAUGUUAGCUUAAGAAAAAAAUGUCGUGUGUGGUGCUCUAGUCAUCUGUGGUGGACAUGUCGCUAUUACCGAACUUGCACCAAAUAUUUCUCAUUGAGUUUCUUGUUUUGGUGCCUGACCGAACCAACCAACCAACGACAGCCCCAAUCUUCCCGUCUUUAUGAGCGAAAAGAAAAAAAAAAUGAAUCAAAGGUGAAAAAAAAAAAAAAAGCCAAAUCCUGUUUACGGUGAAAAAGGAUGAUAAUUUUUCACCCAGGUUGGGAGGCGGGAGGGGGGUUCUCGUUUGUUGUUUUUUUGUUUUUGUUUUUUUCUUGGGCUUUGUUUUUCUCAUGUUUACAGUGCACGGAGUGUGGGAGGGGCGUCUGAGAAGGGGGUGGGGCUUAAAAGGAACAGAUGUGGUCACGCUGGGUUUCGGAGGCUUUUAGGCAAGGUGAAGAGAGCAGAGCUCUCGCUGGUGAAGGGGGUCCAUUUCAAGGUGGGCUCCCCAGUCCUAGGGCCCAUUGUUUGGCCCCAGCUGUCUUCCUAGGUUCCACACUGAACCAGGGAAGACACAGCCUCCAGCCACAGCUGCCCCAUGUUCUUGGGAGCCAGCAGCUCCCCCAUGCGCACUCCAAUUCCUAACUUUAUCCUGAGCUCUCAUCUUGCCACAAAGAGGCAAUGUCGCCACUGCCUCCCUAUGCAAACAAUUGACCAGAUGAUACAGAUGAAAUAGCAUUGGCAGUGUACACUUGGCCAAAGCGCUCUCAGCUAGCACUCAGGGCUGAGGUCAAGUCCAUAACCUUGGGAGUAACUUGAGUGUCCUCCAUGAUCCUGCCUGCUCAGCCCCUCAGAGAUGGCCCUUGCUAUGAGACUACUUGGCUGGGCUGGGGAGGCUGUGUCCCCGCCCUCCUGAUCCUCUGGUUCUUCUGUAAUCUUGGGAAAGUCCCUUUCUUUCUCGGUGCCUCAGUCCCAGUGGGGAGAGACAACAGUGUGUCCCCAUGUCCCCCGUUCCUUCUGCCUCACCCAGAUCGGAGAAUUAACACUAUCCAGCCUAUUGUGUGCUCUCUCCUCUCUCGUGAGGGCCUCGGAGGGUGUAGUGGUUGGCGUGGAAAAGGAGAUGGAAAGUUAUAGUGACGCCGUGGUACAGCACGCUUUCUGGACUACUCCACAGGUUUUCAGAGAGCUGAGAGGACGGAGUAUUGGAGGUGGGCUAAAUUCUGCCAAAUUCUAACCCAAGUGUAGCUCUUAAUCAUGUGCAGAAAAUGCCAGGUGACUCGGUGUUCUGCGGUCUCCCUUUGUCCACAGCCCUCCUCCUCCUCGUCCCUCAUUUGUACUCUUCUCAGAAUCUACCCUGACCUCCGCCCCUAGCCAAUCUCAGUGCCAUCUUAUCAAGGAACUAGGGCGCUGGUCAGGUAAAGGAAGAAAUUCCACGAGGAUGAAUCAGGACCAAAAUUGACAGAGGAUAACUGGACUUGAGGGAGAUCCAUUCUAGCACAACUGAGGCCAUCAUGAAGGAAUGGCUGCCUGUCCGCUAUCCAGAUGAAGGCUACUCCCAGGACCCAUCUUCUAAUGUCUCAUAAAAUCUCUGAGUGCCUACUGGGGCAAGUGUUGAGGAAGAUGAUCAUGAAGACAAUGUCUUUGCCUGAUGGGAUUAUGAAAGGAUAAGAAGAGCAGGAUACAUCCCACAGCGAAGAUUAGUUCUGCUGAGCGUCGUCUUUUCCAACUCUGGUUGCAUCAACAAUGUCUCUAGGGCAAAGGCUGGAUAUCCACCAGGUGAGGAAGAAAUGAGUCGGGAUGUCAGGGAGCUGCUGACCAAAAGCCACCAGAGCUUGUGAAUUCUCACCUGUUCCUCUUCGAUGGCUGUGUCAAAACCAAGAUUUCACCAGAGGAUGGCUGUGGCUCAGAGGUGGUUGGGGUGGUCUAGGCAGGUCAUUGCUCUCCGAGGCUGCUCACUCUUUGUCUUUCCUUUGAGACUGUCCUGCAAGGCUGGCAGGGAAGGGAGACUGGCAGGGAUCCAGGAGAGAACUGGAACCAAUGUUCCUGAUUCUAGUCCUGGCAAACUGGGAGAUACUGAGACCUCCACCCACACCCCUUACCCUGCUGGGCCUCAGCUUCCUCAGCUGCGACCCAAGGAGGUUGGAUUGGAUGCUCACUAAAUUUCUCCCAAUGCACACAUCCUAUGAUGCUUUCUAAUAUCAACACAUCUUUCAAGCUGUAGAGCUGUGUGCUGCCUGCCCAUGCUUCUGAGAGGCCUUGUGUGCCCACACGUAUCUGCUUCAGAGGCUGAGGCACACAGGCUGAGGGAGAGGGUAGGAUGGUUUCUCCUUGCUCUCAUUUGUGCGGGCUCUUGGAAUGCCCCAGGCUAACAUUAGGACCUGGCCAGGGAAGGGGUUGAUCCUGCCGCCCCCUCCCCUUCCCACCUACCUAGGGUCCUUGUGCCCUGACGGUAAGGGCUGGAGUAGCACUUAGAACCCUCCCAGUUUCCGUUUCCGGACUGCUGAUUGGGUGGAGGAAAGCCAAUACCUCUGCUCCGGGUCCCCAGUCUGGCCAGGGAGCCAGAAAAGAGGGGGAGAAGAAGCAGGGCCAGGCCUCAGCAUCUCACAUCUACCAUCUCCAGGAGAGAGACAUACGUAGUUCUCCUGCUCAACUCAAGGGACUCAGACCCUUUUCUGACUGAGACGCAUGAGUGCCUUUGACAGCGGCCUCAGGUUCAAGUUGGGCCUCCUAACCGCAGCCGUGGCGCAGCAGGUCCACCUAGGACACCAAUCAACCCAACGCCACGAAUCCAGCUGGGCACAGGCAGAGGGCAGCCGGGGCUGCAACGUUCCUCCACCUUGCCAAGCCCCCAGCCCCCCCGCCCCCCAGUCACCCUCGCCACCACCUGUGACAGGCCUCAAGCUCCUCUCUGCAAAGGCCCUGCGGCCUCCGUGCAAGCAUUCUUAACUCUUUACGCCUAACGAACAAGCACAGUUUUUUCAAUGGUGAAGAAAAAGCACCAGACUUUUUUUUUUUCUUGAAGAAAUCCCCCCCAAGCCGCCCCUCCCGCGGGACAAACAUUCCCCACGUGGGGCUGUAGCAACGUCUGUCAGUGUCAGGUCCCCUUGUGUUUCAUCUCCUGCGCGCGCGUAGAGCAAAUGCUAGAGCGAUUUCAGCUGAUAGAAAAACAAAAAAAGAAAAAAAAAACACAAAAAAAAUAAAAAACAUGGCACGUUGCUAGUUUACAGGGUUUUGUGAGUUUAAAUGCCUUAUAUUUAACAAUCAUAAUUUAUGACUAACUUGUAGAUAUCGUGGGUUCUUAUUUAAUUAUUUUUAUAGUUGUUUUGCAUUUUUAAUUAUAAUUUAUUUAUUUAGAAAGGAUACUAAUGUUUUUUAUUGCUCCUAUUACCUCAUUUUGGCGUCGUUUCUGGGAGUGGAAUGCUUUGCAUGCAUUGGUACGAUGACAACCGCGAAAACAAACUGACAAAAAAAAAAAAACAACCCAUUUUAAAUAAAAGUCUGCGAACUUUAUUUCGUCCAAACUAUCAGGGUGUGUGAUUGCAAGCUGUCCUACUGUGGUGCUGGCCUCUUUGGGUACAUUCCAUACGAAAUGCAAACCUUUGAUUCUGUAUGCUGUGAUCUAGUGAAAAGCUCCAAUAUAGUGACUGUAUUUAGCACAUAUAUGAAUAUAAUUUGCACUCGUCAGCAGGCUGGGGUAAUCCUUUCACUUGCCACCCUUGGCCCCUUCCCCCAGCCCUCUUUCCCACCUCAAGCCUGCUUUCCGUUCUCCCUCCCCCUUCCCCAUCCUCAAGCCCACUCAUCCUCCAUCCCCUGAGGACAGUCUCAGGGCAAAGGAGGUCACUGGCUAAACCUGGGCUCCCACUCACUGAGGUUCCAGAGUUGGGGUCCUUCAGUCACAGCAGGCAUGUCAUCUGAAAGACCAAGAGCCUGUGUUAUUAGGUGGAGGCUAAUGACAGAAGGCUUUGGCUUUCAGACCAGCUCCACGGCAGGCAGGCUCCCUGUGAUCCAGGGCAAGUCCCUGGUGUCCCGGAGCCAGUUUCCUGUUCCUAGAGAGGGGGUAAGAUGGGUGAUCUCUUGGGUCCCCCAAUUCAGAAAGAAUAUGACACAGUCCCAGGCAAGACCACAAGGAUGAGUCUCUCAUUCUCUUAGGAGAGAUGAAAGAGGGAAGGAUGGGGGGAGGGGAAAGAGAAACGGAGAGCAGAGGGAACCAGUUCAGAAUGACCGUAGAGAUCUGGUCAGAGCAGCCACCCACAGGGUCCUCUUCAAUACUGCAUCCUGCAGGUGGCCAGGAGGCCAGUUAGGUAGAUAACAUCCCUGGGUAUGAAACAUGGACUUUCGCAAGGUUAGGUGGUCAAUCUGAGAUUGAGCCGAGAUCCAUGUCCUAUUACCCGAGAGAAGGAGCCGGUAGAAGAUCCAGACUAUAGUGUUUGGGAUCCCUUCUCCCCCGAGUCUUGUCUGGAGCUUUUGUGGUUGGGACAUCCCUCUCUGACAAGAAAGAACUUGGGAUACGGAAUUGUCCCUUGCCUUCUCCCCCUCGCCCCCCCCCCCCCCGCCCUUUGCCUGCGUUCCACCGAGGCUGCAGAUAGGAGAGGACCUGCUGUGCAGUUAGAGCGGUCAGCCUCCAGCCUCACAAAUCCGUGUCAGAGCGUUGGUAAGGAGGCCUUGAGGAAGUGGGCCCUGGACUAAGCCUGUGAGUGGGCUGGAACCCUGGCAUGCCGACCCUCCUCUUCCCCUCCUUUCCUAACUCCCCCCUCCCCCCUUCUUGGCUCUUGACAUCACUGCCUUUGCCUGGUGGGUAGCUCCACCCUCCACAGGAGGCCCGUGGGUUUGCAUAGUCCCGGCAAGGAGAGGAAAUAAAGACCUGGGGUUACCACACCACCUGCCUGGGUGGCUAGACCCGAUGUGGUCCUUCAGCCCCACCCCUUGGGGUGGGGCGUCUCGCUUGCUGCUCUCCAGCUUCUCCUGCCUCUGCCCCGGAGCCUUGCUUUUCUCGGAGAUGGCCUGUGGAGCCACCCACCACGCUGGUGGAGCACAAUCACCACACUGCCAGGCCUGGCAGACACUGCCCCCCCUCCCCAGGGCCCCGCAGGGCUCCGCACGGGCAUGCUACGCUGUUGUGUGGGGCCAGAGUAGGACAGGCCCUGUGCUCUGGCUGGCUAUGACUCACCCUUGAGCCUCCCCACUCUGGGAUGAGGUCUUCCCCCCACCCUCAGCUGUGGAGAGGGCCACACCAGGCUCUCCAAGGGGCCAUGUGUCGCCCCUGGUAAGUGAAAGGAUUAUCCCCAGUGUGGAUUGUCCCUUUUUUUGUAACUUUCCUGCUGUUCUGUUCUGUUGUGCUGUGCAACAUUUUGCUACAUAGACUAUUUUAUAGCAGAAAGCUAGAAAAAUAUUUAUUAUGACUAUUGAAGCAAUAGUGCAUCAAUGAACAGGCGGAGACGUUAGGAACCGUGUAAAUGCUUAGAUUCACUUUGGGUGGAUUUUUUUGUACUUUAUUUAUAACUAAUAAAAAUGAACUGCAUUGCUAACUACA